AUGGACGUUCCAUCAUACAUUCUGAGCUAUAUUAUUACUCGACGACCAGACGAUUCAUGGUUUACUGCAAUUUCCAUCAAAAAAUUAAUUCACGAUCAACAAGUCGUUACAUUGUAUAAUGCAGAGGACAUUCAUAUGGCAUUUAUCAAACACUCAUCUGAUUAUUAUUUAGCUGUAAUACAGGAUACAUCUAUGUAUCAUGAAAGUAUCUUGACAUUGAUUACUCCUAAUCAGCGUUGUUUACGUAUCGAUGAACUAUUCAAUUUGACUCUGUUACGAUUACCACGUAUCCGACGCAUAAAAUACUAUCAUCUACCAUGUCAAACUCGUUUAGAUUUGUGGUGCUUUUUCGAUGAAAUCUACAUGUGUGUGUGUACAUCAGACAAUCAUACGAAUUGUAUUAAAUUCGAUCAUGAAGUAUCAUUUGCCUGCAAACACAACGAUUUCUGUGACAAUGGUGCAUCAUGUUUUCAAGAUGAUAUCACUUGUCCAUCUAGUACUAUAUGCAUUUGUACCGAUUGUUAUUUCGGUACGCGAUGCCAGUUCUAUGCUAAAGGUUUUGGUUUGACACUUGAUGAUAUUCUCCGUUAUGAACUUCGACGAAAUUUCUCAUUGUCUCAACAACGAGUGUCAAUAAAAACGAGUGCUAUAGUGACAAUGUUCAUGUCCGUGCUAGGCCUGAUCAAUGGAAUUUUAUCCUAUUUGACCUUUCGUCGAGAACGAUCACAGCAAGUUGGGUGUGGCAUUCAAAUUUUGGUUUCUGAUUCUAUCGCAAAUUGA